GUUGGAGACCCCUGCACCAGAUCAGCCAACUGCCUUUUGGGGCACCAUGUUGUGUGAACGCAACCCUUGUUUAGUCUUACGCUGCACAGUGUAUUGUGCAGAUUCAGCAGAUUUAUUUGGGAAUCAUGCAUAACGUGAGAAUGCAGCCAUUGAGCUGUUUUUUUCCUCUUGAUUUGUAGAGCUGGGCUGCAAAAAUCCCCAUGAACAGAUUCUUUGCUGCCAUCUAAGAAUUACCAGAUUUUUGCAACAGGCAACCUCCACUUACAAACAUUCAUUUUAGUGACUGUUUAAAAUUGAGUGACUGCAAAAAAGGCGUCUGUUUUUCACGCUUAUGACCAUUGGAGCAUCCCCAUGGUUACCUGAUCAGAAUUCAGAUGCUUAGCAAUUGGGAUGUAUUUUUGAUGAUUGCAGUGUCCCAGGGUCACGUGGUCGGUCCCCUUUUGCACCUUCUGACAAGCAAAAUCAAUGGGGAAGCCAGAUUCACUUAGCCAUGUUACUCACUUAAUAACUGCAGGGAUUCACUUAACUGUGGCAAGAAAGGUUGUAAAAGGAGGGAGUUGGGCUGUUCUCCAAAGCGCCUGAGGGUAGAACAAGAAGCAAUGGGUGGAAACUGAUCAAGGAAAGAAGCAACUUAGAACUAAGGAGAAAUUUCCUGACAGUUAGAACAAUUAAUAAGUGGAACAACUUGCCUGCAGAAGUUGUGAAUGCUCCAACACUGGAAGUUUUUAAGAAAAUGUUGGAUAACCAUCUGUCUGAAAUGGUGUAGUGUUUCCUGCCUGGGCAGGGGGUUGGACUAGAAGGCCUCUAAGGUCCCUUCCAGCUCUGUUGUUGUUGUUGUUGUUAUUAAAAUGGGGCAAAACUCACUUUACUGUCUUGCUUAGCAACAGAGGUUUUGGGCUCAAUUGUGGUGAUAAGUUGGUGAUUGCCUGUACCUCCUUUUCUUCCUGUCUUUCAACCAUGAUGUGUGACCUGGUUUAGAAUAGAAUAGAAUUUUAUUGGCCAAGUGUGAUUGGACACACAAGGAAUUUGUCUUGGUGCAUAUGCUCUCAGUGUACAUAAAAGAAAAGAUGCGUUCAUCAAGGUACAACACUUACAACACAAUUGAUGGUCAAUAUAUCAAUAUAAAUCAUAAGGAUUGCCAGCAACAAGUUAUAGUCAUACAGUCGUAAGUGGAAAGAGAUUGGUGAUGGGAACUAUGAAACGAUUAAUAGUAGUGCAGAUUCAGUAAAUAGUCUGACAGUGUUGAGGGAAUUAUUUGUUUAGCAGAGUGAUGGCCUUCGGGAAAAAACUGUUCUUGUGUCUAGUUGUUCUGGUGUGCAGUGCUCUAUAGCGUCGUUUUGAGGGUAGCAGUUGAAACAGUUUAUGUCCAGGAUGCGAGGGAUCUGCAAAUAUUUUCACGGCCCUCUUCUUGAUUCGUGCAGUAUACAGGUCCUCAAUGGAAGGCAGAGAAAAGGAUGACUGGUACAAUACUUGGAGUUGGGCCUGGAGUAUUCAUCUUGGCAGUGGUCUGGGUCUUGACUUUACUGCUGUGCAUGUUGUUAUCCAGAGCUGCUGGACUUGCUAGGUUUUCAGUCAUUCUGGUUUUCUUUGCUGCUGUGAUCAUCACUUUAAUCUUUUUGCUUUUUCCUCGAGCCGGCAAGUUUCCCGCUCCAGUUACAGAAAUCAAGAUUGUAGACACCUUCUUCAUUGGCCGUUUCAUCCUGCUCUUCGUUUUAACUGUGGUUUUCCUGGGAUGCCUGUUUUUGCUUCUGACUCACCAUCUUCUGCAACCUGUAUAUGCCAAACCGUUGAGAUCUAGCACUUAGAAUAAUCGGCUGCAAGUCCUUCAUGGUUCUUUGGCCCCAAGAACGUUUCCCAUUCCGGUGACUGAAGACACAAGAUUCAGUUCCAUGAAUCAGAAUGUAUUGUUCACAAAUACAGAAUUUGUAUAAUACGGUAUCUUGAGUUUCAAGAUACAAGACGUUUCAGAUACAGUAGAAUGAGUCUAGCCAAAUGUAUCCUGAAUAUUAAGUUUGUUUGUUUUUUCCUUUGUGUUCUAACUUUGGUUAAUUGAAAAUGUAUUUGUAUGAAGAUGUGUUUGUAUAACAGUUCAGAUAAUGCUGAUUCAAUCCCAUAAAACAUGUGUUGCAGUAUUGGUAACUGCCCAUUUGCCAGACUACUGUAUUAAACGAAUAAAAAUGUGUUCACAUGAAAUGAUUGAACGUCAAUCUGGUUUGUAACCAGAUUGUUUUCCUCCGGGCUCUGUAUGGUGAAACUUCGCUUGUGUAUUUCUUUUUAGUACUUUCUGUAUUUAUUGGAUUUAAUUUAAUGGAUCCCCCAGGGCUUAUUUAUUGUCUACUCCGCCUGUGUAAUACAGGUGAGAGAUGCUAAUGAAUCCCUUUGAGAAGUCUCUUGGCCAGAUUGUUCCAGGAGGACAAAACUGAAACAGAUCAUUUUUCUUCACCAACAGAUGAUCAGUGUUGCUAAAUCAUAGCUGAGCAACCAAUAUCAUAUAUUUGUUCCUAUGGUUACAUCUAACGGAUUUGUUUGGCAGAGAUAAUGUUCAGCUCUGGGUCUGCCCUGACAAAGAAGAAAGUAGUGCCUUAACAGUGGUGCUAGAUAAUAGCCAUACUUUUUGUUGGAUGUUUCUCAACCUUGACAGCUUUAAGAUGCAUGGACUUCAACUCAGAUUUGGCUGGGGAAUUCUGGGAGCUGAAGUCCACACAUCUUAAAGCUGCCAAGGUUGAGAAACACUGCUCUACUGGAUUCUGGAUUUCAUAUGUUAAUAUGCCUUGCAUGAAUGCAUUUCUAAAAUACUGUUCAUGUUAACUGCAAUUAUUCUCCAUGAAUGAGAUGUCCAGGACUUUAUAUAGUCUAAUCUUAUCCAUAUGUGUUGGACCAAUUCUCAUAAUCCCUAACCAGCAUAACCCACCUGGUAUUAAAGACAUAAACGGAUUGAAAUCGGUGGGCUGAGGCAUAACUGUAUUUUAACAUUAAAUUAAAUAUUAAAAUUAAAUAUUCUGCUUUCCCACUAAGUUAGCUAAUAUUGUAAUAUGGAAAAUAGUUGCAUAAUAAAAACCAUAAAAAUACAUUGGCAAGGGGGAAAAUACCCUGUAUUUAUCAGACUACAAUCUGUGUCACAUAAUUUUAGAGUCCUGAUAUUUAGAGCAGAUCUAGAGAUCAUAAGGUCUCUAGAUCUGCUCAACUAUAGAACGUAGAAGCCAAAUUUAGCAAAUCCUAUAUUAUUGUUUGACUUGUUUAUGUUAUUAUGGAUGUUUAAUUGAUUUUGUGGAUCAUUACUUAUCAUGAAUGUUUUUAACUGUUGAUUUAUGAUUAGGAUUAUAAAUCAGGAGUCAUUGAGACAUUAGAUGGUACACAAAUGGAAUGAAAUUUAAUGAAUAACAGUAUUUGCAUCAUGAAUCUGCAAAACUGGAAUUACAUCAGCCUUAAUGGUGGCUCAGUGUUCAUAUUACUGUCUCGAUAGGUGUGUUAUCAUUGUAUGCCACUGUGCAUGACAUUUUUGCUCUAUGUAUUUUUAAGGAUAAUUCAGACACAGAUUAGAUCUCUUUCUCAAUAUUCUACUUACCUCUUCAGGGUCUGUGCUUUUGCUUUGAUCCUUUUGUUUGGUCAUCCUCCUCAGGCAAUUCCAGUGUCCAUUUUGGCGGUAUUAAUCACAGAAUGAUUUUAACAUGGCGUAAAGCAAACAAACUCAAAGUGGAGAAAAGAGCUCAUCUACCUUUCUUCCCUUAAUGAAAGAGGUAUGGGAGACAGUCAAGGGCUCCCUCUAACAAGAUUAUAGAUAAGAUUUCCUAACUUCAUUAGAAACUUGCCCUGGGAAUGAAUAAUAAUAAUAAUAAAAACCUGAAAGGAUCAUUUUAAAAUAGCUGAACCUCCUUUUUAACAAGAGAAAUAAGUGGGAAAGUAAUUGGCCAACGAAGGAAUACUUAAAAACCCAGCAGGGAUAGCUUCCUGAAAUAGAUUAGUGGUGCUUCCAUAUCACAUAUUAAUUGGCAUCAGAUGAUUUGGAAAGCCAUAAAAACCCAAGUGAGGAGAGGCGUCAAGGCAUCACAAAUUCCAGAGAUCGUGGUUGUUCUAAUUUCAUUUUUAACAAUAUUUUUAUAGACCAACAUGGCAGUGUUCUUACAAAGCUGCUUCCAUUUCUACAGCGUAAAGUUUUUAAAACUUAGCUGUUUUGUUGUUCCAAGAAGCUUUUAAUGUAGCAUUUUUUAAGAUUUAUUUUUCUUCUUUUCCCAUUUAAGGAUUUGCAUGCUCUAUUGAAGUGAAUCACUUCUCAUAAUCUGCUUCCCCAUCUUUGAACUCUAUUCCUUUCUGAUGUUAUAUGGAAUGUUUUAAAUUCUCCAUUGACUAUUAACUUGCUGAUUUGAUAGGCUUAUAUGGUACAAACCUCAGAUAUUUGGAGGGGAUGAAUUUCUUACAAUUGCUUAUUGUUUGAUUGUUCUGCAUACUGUUAAGUCUCAAGUAUUAUUUAAUCAACUGUAUUAUCGAUUACAAUUACUCAUUAAUAAUAAAUAUCAAUUAUUUAAUUUUA